GAUAGGCUGAGCUGCUUCAAACUCAUCUUACACCCGAGAUAAACUUUCCUGUCUGUACACUGUUCUUUUAGAGUAGCAAUGCAGCAACGCUCGCUGUGGAUGCUCUUCUGUUAGCAUGCCUGCUAAAGCAAAACAGCAUCGUAAAGGAAGAGAUUAAACAAAUAUAAAGAUUAUUAAACAUUAACAUUUACAGCAACAAGCGCCGUCUGUAAAACCUCAGUGAGCAGCAUUUGAGGAGUCGAUGCUUAUGCACUUUAUCAGGACUGAGUGUUCAGGGUUCAGAAUGCCGGCGUGAUUUGGAAAUGUCUCUUAUCGUCUGCCAUGCUGGACUUGCUGAAGACGCCAUAUUGUGUUUCUUUUGUAAAUAUGAGACUGUUGUUAAAUACAGUGCAUGCAUGUCUAAGUUUGCUGCCACCCUGAAGCUCAUGAUGGAUAUCCUCAUGACUGUUUUAAGCGUGAGGGAGUGACCCUUUGGAUAUUUGAGCAAUAUGGAAGAAGACAUGGCUGUACAAUGGGAUACAGUGGAGCCGCCCAUUGUUUCUCUAGCCAGUCCGUAUUAUGGAAAUGACAGCCAUGUGUUAUCGUCUCAAGCACCUGACUGUGAACAUGAGACGCUUGAUGAUUUUGAUUGUGAAUUCCCUGAUGAAGACUUUGAUUUGGAAGUAGACGAGAAUGAAGAGCAAAAUACCAAAACUGAAGAUUUGAAUGAUGAUCAGGUGCAAGAUGGGAUUUCCGAGAAGGACAAGGAGAAAUGUGAAAGAGGAGGAAAAUUUGAGUUGGAGAGUGACUUUAGAGGCAAUGGGGAGUCUAGGUCCCGCAAUGCUGGAACCGGUAGGAAAGGAAAGUCCAAAAAGAGUGGACCAGGGCAGGGGCCUUGCGAUCAAACACCAUCGUGGACAUCUCCAUCUUCCAUGUCUCAUAAAUCCUUCCUUGCAUCCUCUGGUCCCAGCAGACACAAGCAGGUGAAGCGGCGAAACCACCAUCUGCACAAUCACAGCCGCGUACGAAGGAAAAACGGGAUGCAGCUGGUCAUGGUGUGUCGGGAUUUCCUGGCAGAUUUCGUCAGCCCCUGGUGCAUUUCCUGCAUCCAUAUUGUCGUGGAGCUCAUCAUCUCUUUGACCCACCGCUGUGGGGUUGCUGUUGAAUCAUCUGCACUUGCACUAUAUGACUUUGGAGCACACAUGCUUUCCAAAGUCACAGAUAUUCCAGGCAUGACGCAUGAUUUGAGGCGAAUCCUGGACUGGAGCUGGUGUUCCAGUGUAGCUGUAAUAGAGAGCAUUGGCAGGUCUGCUCGUUGGGCUCGACAUGCUCUACUUUCUUGUUGGAGAUUUGUUUGUGCUGCUCUAAGCGCUGGCUCUCAGAUGUUGAGGUGUAUUGUGGGAAGGCUGGCUGGAGAGCGAGGCAGGAAAUGGUGGCUUGCUCUUCAGAGCAGCAGGGUUUGGAGGAAAGUGUCAGAUCUGACCACAAGGGUUCAUAGGUGUUUCUUUAAAAAAGGCAUUGUGAAUGAAAACUCGAAUCCAGAGUCUCCCAAUAGGGGGGCAGACAAGUGGCAACCUGGCGAAGAACUGCAGAGACUGCUGGCGCUGGCCAAGAUCCCUGAAGAGGAGUUGGACCCAUUUAAUGUUCUGGGAGUGGAUAUUCAUGCCACUGAAUCAGAACUCAAGAGAGCUUAUAGACAGCUGGCAGUACAGGUUCAUCCAGACAAAAACAAGCACCCAGGUGCUGGCGAGGCCUUCAAGGUGUUAAGAGCAGCGUGGGACAUCGUCAGUAACCCAGAGACUCGGCGAGAGUAUGAAUUGAAGCGUAUGGCAGCUACGGAGCUUUCAAAGUCCAUGAAUGAGUUUCUGACGAAACUGCAGGAUGACCUAAAAGAAGCCAUGAAUACAAUGAUGUGCACUAAAUGUGAGGGCAAGCACAAGCGCUUCGAGAUAGACCGCGAGCCUGGUGAGGCCCGAUUCUGUGCUGAAUGUAGUAAGUGGCACAGCGCCGAGGAAGGAGACCUGUGGGCUGAAUCCAGUAUGCUGGGACUGCGCAUCACAUACUUCGCCUUCAUGGAUGGCAAAGUCUUUGACAUCACUGAGUGGGCAGGCUGUCAGCGUAUAAGCAUCUCUCCAGACACGCAUCGCGUGCCAUAUCACAUCUCUUUUGGCUCUAAAGGUAGCAGCGGAACCAGCCGCCACAGAUCCCCCCCAGAUCACGCACCAGGUGGUGGCUCACCUGCAGACCUGCAGGACUUCUUCAGCCGCUUCUUCCAGGGUGGAGCUCCCAGUGACAUGACUGCUAAUGGAGGAUUCUUCCCAACGGGAAACCCGCCGCCUCAUCCCUCCGGAGCAGCUGCAGGGACUUCAACAAUGUUUUCAGGAUCUUCUCCACAAACAGGGUUCUUUAGCCCAGGGGCCCAACGGGGCGACCCCAGCGAACACUGGACUGACGGAGGAAAGCCCCCACGCCGGCGCAAGAAAGUCCGCAAGCCAUUCCAGCGCUGAGCAAUGCAAUGUUGUGCAGAGAUGGAGCGCUGUCUGUUGCCAUGUUUUGACAUGAUAUUGGCCAACUAGUGCAACAAAACGAGGACAAAAUCUUUUGACCUCCGUUGAGCAUUUCAGUGUUGGCGCUUUGAAGCUUCCUGAUACAGAAUGAAAUGGCAACAUCAAAUUGCGUAGAGGGGCAAGCAAAGAUGGAUGCAAGAAGAAGAUCUUUGCUUUUCAUGUUUGAAGUCCUUUGUUGUUGUUUUUUUUUUUAUCUCUUUUUUUUUUUUUUUUUUUUUUUUUGUUGUUGUUGAGGCAAAUUAACCUACAUUCAAGCAUUUUAAAUAACGUUCUUUCAAGAAACAGAAGGACUCAUGAAUCAUGAGUAGAUUUUCUGGUGUUUCUGAAGAAUAGUUGACCCAAUGUUAAAAAUUGUCACUAUUUACUCACCCGCAUGUUGUUCCAAACAUUUACGCCUUUUAAUUUUGCUUAUCGUAGCUUUUUUUCAUUACAACGGAAGUAUAGAAAAUAUCCCAACAUCAUAAAAGCAGACCAUGUGACUUGUACUUGUCAAGUCUUCUGAAGACAUCAGAUAGCUUUGUGCGACAACCAAAGACCCAAAUUUAGCAAUUCACUGAUUAUGUUCUUCUCCAGCUUGGCUAUUAAAUCUGGCCCAGGUUUGAUGUGAUGGAUACAUGAUAACCAGUGGUGUUUAGUAUUCUGAGCUUCAGUGGAGGGGAGCAUUAGCAGUGGAUAAAUGUUUUAUUCUUUUUAUUAUUAUUAUUAUUAUUUUUUUUUUUGAGAUUGACAGAUGUGGUUUUUGUGAACCGCAUGAGAUUCUUAAAUUUUACCACAAGAAGAAGGAAAAAAAAAAAACAGUGGCAGAGUUUGAAACGACAUGAGGGUAAUAAUGGCAUUUUUAUUUUUGGGCGACGUUUAAAAAAAGUUUCUGGUUUUGUCAGGCUUGAAAUGGUGAAUCUGAUGGAAAAUUUACACGAUGUGGCUGAAUGUUUUGUAGUGUAUUAACACGUAAGGAUUAAUGUAUAAGUCACAUACAGACCUCAGGGAUGACUCUUUCUUCAUCUGCUACUAGUAAUAGAACAGGGAAAAGAUGUAGCUGAAAUUUCCUGAUGUUCCUGGGAUUAUCGUAUAGAGCUCAUGCAAUCCAGAAGGAAACAUUUUACCAGUUACUCAAGCAGUUCAUCAUAAAACCAGAUUUUUUUUCUUCCGUUGUUUAAAUCACUUGUUUUGGAGAGAAUUACUUCAAAUAUGUACAAACAUUUUAUUGUACAAAAAAAUACACGAUAUGGCUUACUAUUCCACAAAUUGAUCAUCAAUCGUUCAUGUGAUCUGAAUGGAGCUUCAGAAAAUGAAAGAAUCUAGAGGGAUUUUCACAUCAAAUGCUCUGCCUGCUCACUGGAGCUCUUGACUGAUUUGGUUAAUGUUUUUGUUCGUAGUGCAUCUCUAGAGCCGGAACGGCCUCCAAUGUGCAUUGUAUUUUAGAGCGAGGGAAAGAAAUUAUUAAAAAUUUGAGUUAAAGCACAAAUGUGUAAAUCUUACAUGUCUAGAUGCAUAGAUUUGCGUAGAAGUUUAAAAAAUGGGUUUUGAUGUGAAAAUCCCAGAGCCUCCCUUUAAGAGGAAGUUCUCGUCACUUUUUUUAACACUCAGGAAUCAUUUUAAAAGAAAGUUGCUUCAUUCAUCCACUGGAGCCAUCAUUCCAGGCCAACAGAUUCAUUAGUGUCCAAACCUGACGUUUUUGGCUCAUGACAUUGUUUUUUCGUUAUUUCACAGUAGACCCAAUAUACUUUAAGACGCAAGACUGUUUUCCCUGUACAGCCAGACAUCAUAAAACCGUACUAAUACAUGCGUGUUCAGUUUCAUGUGUUCUCAAGUUCUCAGAGAUGCUUUCCGGAACUUCCUGUUUAGUUUGACUUAAACCUCCUGAUAAAUGCGCUUGUUUAACAACAGAAAUUCCAAGAAUGAAAAGAUUUAAAUUUACUCCAGAAAUAAAAUCUAAUUGUUGUUUUGCUCUUUGUCAGUGAUCUUUCAGUGGUUUUAGAUGGAAGAAGCAGAAAGAUAAAGGGUUUAAUGUGGUUACUCAAUCAUUUAAAAACUGUGCAUGGUAAAAUAGCAGCACGUUCACCUCUGGAAAGGACUGGCCACGCUGUAUCUGUAGUUGACCCAAACUCAAUGGUUCUUUUGAUUACACUAUUGAAUCUUUAGGGUAAACUUGAGUUUUGUAAAUGUUUACCUUCAGUCUGAUUUUCAGACUAUUCUAAAGUUGUUGUUUUUUCUUUACAGCAGAAGCUUUCUGUUGAUGAUGGCAAGUGUUAUUUAAUUUCUGUUCACAGCUGAUUAUUGAAGUGGUAUAAAAGAAAUAAAACAGACAGUUUAUUAUUGCACUAAACUUCCUCCUGAUGUUAAGGUGUUAAUGACCUUUUGAACAAAAUAAUGGAUCGCUUUAAACUGACUGGUGUCUAAACAUCAACAAAAAUGAGUGGCUCGUAUGUUGCUUUUAUUGUUUGGCGAAUGCAUUUGUAAAUUUCAUUAUAUAUGUGACGAUAUUCUACUCGCUAUUUCAAGAAAAUAUGAUGGGUAUUGUAUUCAUUACAUACACUAUACUUGAGAGUUUUAACAGUCUGGUCGAGGUGCUGCAUCGACACAAAUGUAUUUAGGAUUGCAUGAAGGUUUAUUCCAGACAGAUGUGAUCUAAAAAUGCUCUAGAUCACUAAAUUCAGACAAUCAUUAUAAAAGUGAUAAUGUGCAGGACACGUUUUCCAUGAUUUGGUAUGUUGUUGCCUCUCACCCCAACACUUCUAUAUUAAAGCUGAUUUCCUCAAA